CACGCCUCUGUGCGCGAGGAGGCUGGCAGGAACGUUCAACGUGAACGUCGGGUGGACUUGAGUCUGAUUCGGCUUAGUCAAGAAACUACACCAGAAGGAAAUACGGUCUGUCGGUGUUACUUGCUCAAUUUUGACAGAGCAUUCCCUUUAAAAUGGCGUAUCACAGUCCAUACAGAGCUCCCCCGCACAUUAACGCGCCUCCGGACCAGAGUUUUCUGUGGAAUAUCUUCCAGAGAGUUGACAAGGACCGUAGUGGAGUAAUAUCAGACUCAGAGCUUCAGCAGGCCUUAUCGAAUGGCACAUGGACUCCUUUCAACCCUGUGACUGUGCGCUCCAUCAUAUCCAUGUUCGACAGGGAAAAUAAAGGCGGGGUGAACUUCAACGAGUUCGCCGGUGUGUGGAAGUACAUCACAGACUGGCAGAACAUCUUCAGGAACUACGACAGGGACAACUCCGGCUUCAUCGAUAAGAACGAGCUCAAACAGGCGCUGACUGGAUUCGGUGAGCAGCAAAGCUAUCGUCUAUCAGAUCAGUUCUACUGCACGCUGAUAGAGAAGUUUGACCGCCAGAGGAAGGGACAAGUUGCCUUCGAUGACUUCAUCCAGUGCUGUAUUGUACUACAGAGGUUGACUGAUGUGUUCAGGCGGUACGAUACAGACCAGGAUGGCUGGAUCCAGGUUUCAUAUGAACAGUAUCUAUCCAUGGUCUUCAAUAUAGUAUAACGCACACGGAUCACCACAAAAGAGCACAACUGGACACAACUGUGCCAAAGCUACCGUCAACUCCCAGAUGUCUGCCAUGGUGGACACUACAAGAUUUUUUUUCAAACCUAAUCCUUAAGCCGAGUUGGGCUGUGUCACACAAAUUUAUAUAAUGAAUACAAGAAAACUGAGAUCAGCCUUCAGUUUGUUUUUAGGUUGCUAUACCCUCCAGAUGACAGUAUUUGUCUGGAGAUACAACUACAAUGCUUCCUGUAUUUAAA